UUAUCUGUGCGAAACUGUCUGUCACAUCAAAUUAAUCUACAGUUUUCAAACUGUUUUCAUGUUUCUUAAAAUUUUUAUUGCAAUUUAACUUUAUUAUUUUUGUUUAUCCGACUUUCAGAUAUAAGUGCUGAGACGACUAAAUUAAAUCCAAUGCAACAAUUAAAAUCAAUAGAACUAAUUUAUUUAAACAAAAAUGUGUUGAAGAGUCUUACGCAAAAUAGAAUUACCACUAUUAAGGAUUUCCUUCAUGAAGACCCCGAAAAGAUAGCUCUACUUACUAAGUUAACGUUCGCCCAAGUUUUAGAAAUUAGAAAUGAUAUAUAUAAAAAAUUUUCCGCAGUGUUAAUUACUGGCGAAAAAUUACUUGAGAAAAUAAUAAGAAAUAAAAAGUUAUGCAUUGGUAUUAAAAGUUUAGAUGAAAUACUCGAUGGAGGGAUUCCUGUGGGCAUAACUGAAUUUUGUGGACUUGCUGAAUCAGGAAAAACCCAAUUAUGUUUUCAAAUCGCCAUUAAUUGUGUGAAAAAUUCUGAAAACAAUGUACUAUAUAUUGAUACAAAAGGAGAUUUUUCUGCAUUGAGGAUACAAAAAAUAUUAGACACAAAUGGGUUCUCUCAUAAGGAUAUGGCACUAGUAUUAACUAAAAUAAAAGUUAUACGUAUAUGGAGCAUGGAAGAAUUGAUUGAGUUAUUAAAAAAAAUAAAAAACAAGCAAUGUUGUAUUGAGAAAUUAGCUUUAAUAAUAAUAGAUUCACUUCCUUGUUUGAUGUUUCAACACUUAGGCGACUCAAAUAAAUUGGGUUUGACAUAUCUAAACACAAUGGUAAAUUACAGCAGAUAUUUGUACAAUGAGUUUAAUUUAUCCAUAAUAUGUGUUAAUAUACAAACACGAUGGAUAGAUCAAGAUGUUUCUGAUCUUGAAGAUGAUGGAGAAAUUAGUUCUAUCUUAAAAGAGCCUGGUUUUGUUGAGAAGCGUAAUCGCUGUCUUGGAAAAUACUGGAAGCACAUUCCUACAACAGUUGUUCUAUUAGAAAAGUCACAAAUGAGUACUGUAGACAAUACAAGUGAUUUAAAUGUAACAGUUAUAAAAUGUUGCAAUAUAGAAUGUGAUCGCUAUUGUACACUAAAACUUGGUGACUUUGGUGUAACUUAAAAUUUAUAGGCUUCUUAUCUGAAAUAGCUGUAAAUCUAUAAUAUUAACUCUUAGACAGGUCAUAUGUAUAGAUUAAAAUAAACUGUUCACUCUUUUUUCUUUUCAGAAUAAAAUUCUUUACUAAAUA